CGAUCUCACGAACUUGAUAAAUAAUCAACAUGGCUACGGUAUCAGGAGAAGAAUUUCCAGGAACUGGAAGCAAACCGAGUAUUGUUGAUGAUUUUAUGUACGGAUCGAACGUUGCCCAGUCCCACGUUUAUAUAAGACUAGGAUUUUUGCGGAAGGUCUAUGGCAUUCUUACGGCACAGUUACUCCUCACCACGUUGGUUGGAACUAUCUUCAUCCUCACCCCCGCGGUGCGAGAGUUUGUGCAAAGCAACCAAUGGCUCCUGAUGCUGUCGCUGUUUGCCUCCAUGGGCCUUGUUAUCGCGAUGUAUGUGAAGAGGAUGGAAACACCGAUCAACUACAUUCUCCUGCUAGUGUUUACCCUGGUUGAGUCUUACGUCGUAGGAACAAUAGUGACAUUCUACGAUCAGAUGAUGGUCCUGCAGGCGUUUGGCUUGACGUUUGCCGUCGUCGCCGGCCUCACGGUCUACACACUGCAGAGCAAGCGAGAUCUGACGUCCUGGGGAGCCGGGUUGUUCUCCGUCUUGUGGAUUCUCAUCCUAGCAGGAUUCAUGCAGUUCUUCCUGCAGAGCGACGUGCUGGAGCUGCUUCUGUCGGCAGGGGGCGCCAUCGUCUUCUCGCUCUUCAUCGUCUACGACCUGAGCAUGCUCAUGCACAAGCUGUCGCCCGAGGAAUACAUCAUUGCGGCGAUCAACCUUUACCUGGACAUCAUCAACCUGUUCCUCUACAUACUCCGGCUCCUCAACGCUGUCAAGAAGUGAGGGCGAGGAGCCGGCGUCGCGUAUGCUGCGUCAGCGAGGGCUGGUAUCGUGCCUAUAUGUCCUUCUACCCCACUACCCUAACCAUACUAAACCCUAAACCCUAACCAUACACCUAAC